GACCGUGGCAAAAGGUGGCAGUGGAUUUAUUCAGUGAUAACGGUGGAUUACUACUACAGUGACUCUUUUGAAAUCGAUCUACUCAGUAGUAUGACUACAGAGGCGGUAUUCAACAAGCUCAGAUGUCAGUUCGUGGGGCACGGUAGACCGGAGCAGCUAGUCGCCGACAAUAGGCCGUGGUUUGUCAGCGGUGAGUUCCAGGGCUUUGCAACCAAGUGGGAAUUCGUGCACCAGCAAACCAUCCCAUAUCACAAUCAAUCGAAUGGAAAGGCGGAGUCGGCAGUGAAGCAGGCCAAGCGACUGCUAUCAAAGGCUAAAGAAACUGGCGAAGACCCGUACCUUAUGCUACUGAAGAAUCGCAACAAUCCUUCAACGAAUAUCACUUUGAGCCCAUUGCAGCGCCUAUACAGCCGAAAGACUAGAACUCUGAUACCGGUAUCUGCCACACUUUUGCGUCCAGUUUCGCCACAGCACGAGUGAUUACAGAACAAUCUGAGAAGACGAAUGACCACCCAGAAACGGUACUACGACCGCGGUGCACGGGUAUUACCUAAGCUAACAGUGGGG